CAGAGUACGCACGUAAUUUUGCUAGUUAUAUUUUGUAUUAUGCUAUGUCAGUUGGAAGAAGUAAUAUUUAAUAUUCACAAAUUUAGUUCUUAUAAGCUGUCACUUCAAGCGCUUUCUACAAACCUCCUACGAAUAUUUCAUGUAGUAUUCAAGUCGUAAGUCUUGUAAAUUUCAGAAGCGUUCAAAGUCCGUAGGGUCCGUAGUCCAUGAUCCCUGCUGAGGGAGGGAGAGGUAGCUCGGAAGAAGAACGUCUGUAUCUAUCGUAUCUAUGACUCGCCAGGGAAUAUGUCAAGCCUGAAAAUUGUGUUGAUUGUGAUGGGCCGUGUCAGGUGACUUCUGCUUGCUCAUAGCACACACAGGGCAUGGGAGAAAUGUUGGAUGCGAGAUCCCAUCGAGACCCAGGAAGUUGGCAAUCCAAGAGCAACAUUCGCCCUCCACUUCACCACAUGGCAGCAAUGCGGCAUGGCAAAACCAGCCAAGAAGACGUGUGUUAUGUGGUUGCCAAGUAUGACUAUGCAGCUCAGGGUGCACAGGAGCUAGACCUUCGUAAGAAUGAACGCUACCUCUUGCUGGACGACUCAAAACAUUGGUGGCGUGUGCAGAAUGCCCGCAACCAGGCAGGCUAUGUGCCCAGCAAUUAUGUCAAGAAGGAGAAGCCUUCCCUGUUUGACAGUAUCAAGAAGAAAGUGAAGAAGGGUUCUGGCUCAAAGACACUCCCUUCCAGCAACUCUCCCUCCAGAGCAAUUGAGUCUCCAACAAUGGGACGCCGGCUGCCCGCAGACCCUGCAGAAGCCAUUGGGACUGCAGUUGUCAAGUAUAACUAUCAGGCUCAACAAGCAGAUGAACUGUCACUGGUGAAAGGUACCCGUAUCCUGAUCCUGGAGAAGAGUAACGAUGGGUGGUGGCGGGGACAGAGCAACACAGCGACUGGCUGGUUUCCAAGCAACUACACACAGGAGGAGGGCGAUAGUGAUGAUACACUGCAUACCUAUGCCAUGGCAGAGAAUGUAUUGGACAUUGUUGUAGCACUCUAUUCCUUCUCCUCCAAUAAUGAUCAGGAGCUUGCAUUUGAGAAGGGUGACCGCCUAGAGAUACUGGACCGGCCACCUGCAGAUCCUGAAUGGUACAAGGCUCGUAAUGGGCAGGGCCAAGUUGGAUUAGUCCCACGCAACUACCUACAGGAGUUAAGUGAAUACUUGACUCAGCCAUACCGGAACCGUGAUGGUGGGAGUGAAAGACAAGACUCAUUAGACAGGCGACAAGAUGGAAGUGGAUCUGGUGUUGGACGUUUGCUGGACCGCCCACAUCUGGUGGGCAAGGCAUGGUAUUAUGGCACCAUCACACGAGCACAGUGUGAUAAUCUCCUGAACCAGCAUGGCCAUGAUGGGGACUUCCUCAUCAGAGACAGUGAAACAAAUAUGGGUGAUUACUCAGUGUCACUGAAGGCCCCUGGGCGCAACAAGCAUUUUCGGGUCCAUGUGGAAGGUGCUUUAUACUGCAUUGGACAGCGCAAGUUCCACACACUGGAUCAGUUGGUAGACCACUACCAGCGUGCUCCAAUCUACACGAACAAGCAGGGAGAGAAACUGUAUCUUGUGAGACCUCUUCCCAAGUCUACCAACAGCUGCUAAGUGUGCCCACAUGUGUCUUCUGGGAAGAAUGAGGCCAAACAAAUUGCAUGUCAGUAAUCAUUCCUAGUUUGCUGUAAUUCAGUUUUUCAGGAUCGCACUGUGAGUCUGCAGGAGGUGGACAUUGCUCUCUAAGGCCUCUUUCUGGGCAGGCAGUGAACAUAUCUUCGUGUUUGUAAAAUGUUUGUAUUCCUGUGAGGCUGCUGCAGUUGUGUUGAAUUGUAGUUAUUAAUCCCUAUUGGUGGGAGGUUUCCACAGCAUUUUUGGGCCUGUGCAUCACAUAUCACCAACGGAAAAAAUGAUGAGCGCAGUUUUUCAGGAGAUACCUGCCUUCCACAUGGCAGCGAUGGUGCAUCUGGAGGCCUCAACAUUCAGUCAAAAGCAAGCCACAUAAAUUAUGCAAAUUAUAAUUAUUCUUUCAAGUAAAAACCUGUCAGGGGCUUGUAUCAAGAACAAAAAUUAGGGAAAUUCACUUCUUUGAAGUUUCAUAUUACUGUCAAGGAAUUCCUUCAGUAAGGCAAUUUCAUAGAGUAUCACAGUUUAAACUAUUCUACAGGACAUUUCAUCUAAGCAGCCAAGUAACUGCAUUUUUCUUAAGGUACUAAAUAUAAUUAAGAGAAAACAUCAGUUUUUGAAGAAAGGGUUUUUACACUGACUAUUGAGCUGUGCUUCUGUCUGCAAGAGAAACUUUGCUAGAAAUACAUCAGACUAGAUUACUUGUUAUCCCUCUGCACUGUUCUCUUUUCUGCCACAUGUAUCAUUCCACUGUACCAUAUCCAACAUUUAGAGACAACAGUGGGCCUUUGCUUUAAUUCAAAAUAACAUGUGUGAAGACAGAUGUAUAGUUUGAUUUCUUACACUAGGUUUUAAUAUAUUCAUAGUAACAUCUCCACAGCAUGGUAAUGAAAGCAGUCUACAUAUUUGGACAUAUUUACAGUUUUUCAACAACAAGUAUAUUAUGAGGGUCAUACUGAAAGUCAUGGGCAACAAUUUUUUGUAAAGUAACAUG